UGCACUGGUAUUCACGCACGAUCAGCACGAUGCAUACAGAUGCACGGAUGAGUCGGGAAGGCUGAAAGCCUCGCGAAAUUUAAGCCGAAUGUGGAGUAAUUUUCGAAUAUGAAAAUCGGCGAUACAUGGUGACCCUGGCCGUCCCACCUGCGGCGAAAGCAUCGCCAAAUUGCGCUAUACCAAUGAGAUAGCGAUGUUCUGCCGUUUCUCUCGACGCCGCUCCUCUCGAAUGAGUCAUCUGGACGGCGAGCGGAGGGGUAGUUUGCUCAACGCGUUGUCGAGGAUUGUUGGAGCGCGUUGUGGCGCGAAGAAUUUUGUUUACAGCAAGAUACGACCGACGAUGGCAUCGGACAGGGAAGACGCCAGCGAUCUGAACGACGUUAUUCUGCAGGAAAAUUCGGAUGCCGAGACGCAGUGCGAACGCAAAUUGAGCAAGAAACCUAAGAGGAUUUUGCAAUUUUCGGAUGGAGUAAUGGAGGAAUAUUCGUCGGAAGAUGAGGUUGACGCACCAAAGAGUAACAAAAUUGUGUCGCAAAUAGAUACCAAAAACAUGAAUUGGUUACCUUGGGCAUGGUACCAAACCACAUGGUUUAGUUCUAAAAUGUUAGAUGGUUGUGAUUAUGUUGGCGAAUGCCUGGCCAAUUUCUUCGGCAUAACAGCACCUAAGUAUCAAUUCGAGAUCAAUGAGUUUUAUAGGCAAAGGGCGCUCGAAAAAGAAAUGUCUUACAAACAAGAUUUGGAAAUGGGUGGAUGGAAUGAGCAUAACCGAAACAAUCUCAUAAAUAGUGAUAGUAUGUUAGCAAAUGAACGUAAGUGACGAUGUUAAAAAGGGAUUUAAUACGAGAAAACGUAUUACAUGUUAUAAAUUCUCUAUUUUAAAAUACGUUCAAAAUAUUGCACAUUUAAUUGAUAGGAACUUUAUGGAAUUGCUGUUCCAUUUUCUUCAAAAUUAGACACUUUACGUUGGAAGUAAAAAUUCUAUUAUAUGAUCCAACAUGUAAGAAUAUAUGCUGACUGCUCUAAACGUAUUAAUCUUUAGAAGACGGGUGUAUUUGUCUGUCAAGAUUUGUAUUUUUAAGUAAGAACUUUCAUAAGUGACUCUUCUGGAGCCCAAAAAUAGAUUUUGCGUCCUGUACACGGUAACGAAAAUAAAAAAGUUGUUCAGGACAGGUUAUUAUGAAAAAUAUUUCGAAUAUAAGGAAAAAUAACAAACAAUAUAUGAGAAGAAAUUUUCAUGUGAAAAAAAACUUUUACUUUAUUCUUGCUUAUAUACAGUAAGUGGCGUAGCCAGGAGAGGAGUAUGGGGAUUCAAGCCUCUUCCUCCCAAGACUUCAAGGUAAUAACUAAAAGUCCUAAUAGAAAAUGAAUACUUGGUGAGAGAAUUUAAAUUUAAUUUCCACCAAUGUUGUCCCCCGAGAUGAAACUUUGUGUAAUAAUUCCUUUGCUCAAAGAGAUGUUUGUUUUUCUCAAAGAUAUUUAAAAACAUUUAGGUCUUAGUAUUUAAUUGUUUAAUUUAUCCUUCUAUCUCUGGUAAGUUAGAUAUUUAAUGUUAUGUUAUUCAGGUUAAAAAAAUUAAUAAUUUUUAAUAUAAAAUAAACGAUAGUUUCAAAUAAGAAUCUCUAUAUAAAAUAUAGAAUAUAGAAUUAUUUUUUAGCCUUUUCCAAAACCUAAGUCUAGCUACGCCAGUGUUCAGUAAUCUCAUAUAUAUUGACAAAUAUAUACUACAAAUAUCUCCAAUAUGAAAGUGAAGUAAAAGAAUAAUAUCUACACACUACACAAUACUUUUUUGUGUUUUUCUAAGGACCAGUGUUCUUUUUGACCAACUUUUUGCUAAACUUACCUAUCACAUAAAUAUGUGUCUGUCUUUAUUUAUUAAGAAAAAAAUAAAGAUGUGGCUCUAAGUAUUUUUUCUAAGAUAACAACUUAUUAAUAGCAGUAACGUAUGACUUCAAAAUUUAAGUUUUUUAGUAAAAUUUGAAUUGAACGACUAACAUUUAUAUAUUCAAAACAAAAACAGUUUAAAACCUAAAAAUAAGUUCCAUCCUCUAAAGAUUAACAGCACAAAAAGUUCCUAAGAUAACAUGAUGAUAAACAAACCUAUAAAUACGUAAUUAUAGGUACAUGAUUAAUAUAAAUAAUUAUCUGCAUUUUACCUUGACGUUAAAAAUGGUACGUUGAUGGUAUAUAUUUCUAAAUAAUUUCUAUGUGCAACAAUCUUGAUAACAUAAUUUUAGCAGUUCUAGCAUCUUUUGCAUCUUUUUUUACAACAAUCAUUUUCAUUGAUUGCAACUGAUCAUCACAUAUAACUUGAUAUGUAAAAAUAUAAAAAUUACAGGCCUCACUGUCAUGUAUUAACUUGUAAUCGGGUAUUAUAUCCCAUUUUACCAAUAUUUCUUAGAAAAUGAAAACUGAUGUUUUACUCAUGUACUCAAUAAGAGUAAAAAGUUAAAAUUACCUUUUCUUAAAAAUAAUUUUUUUGUAACUUUAAUUGACAAGGAUUUUCUCGAAUUUAUUAGCAAAUUUGCAAAUAAAAAUAAUAAAUACUUGAAUAAUUCAACUAAUAUUUUUCUAUAUGAAAUUAAAGUUUUGAAUUAAUAUAUAUAAAUAAUAAAUACAAAGUUAUUAUGUAAGAAAGUAAACGUGAUGUAAAACAAAAAAAAUGUUUACAAUAUUUAAAGAUAAAAACAUUUAAAUAAAAAUUUUGUAUAAUUCGUUGCUUUAAAAAAUCACUUGAAAAAUCACUAAAUAACGUUGAUAUGUAUAUACGGAAUAACUGUAUAUAUGAAAAGCUACAUACAUACUAUAUAGUGUUAGUUUUUGUAAUAAUUAAUCAUUAUAAUAGAUUGAUAUAAUUUAUUAUGUAUGAAUUAUAUGUAUAAUUAUUAUAUAUAUAUAUCUAUUAACUUAUAAGAUAUUGUAUUAUAUUUAUAUUAAUCUAUUAAUAUUAUAAAAAAAUAUGUUACUUUAGUGCAAAAGAGAAUUUUUUUACUUGCAUUUGCACCAUACGUCCAUAUAAAAAUAAAUAAGAUAUUCUCAAAGAUCACUUGCUGUUAAUUAUGUCAGCCGUGACUCUCACAGAAUUAUUAUGCAAUUAAUAAAGCAACAAAUGUAAUUAAUAAA